CGCUCAGUCUGGCGGCGGCGGCCGUGCGCGGACGGACGUGCCCGGAGCCCGCACCGCCCGCACCGAGCCGCGCCGCCCGCCCCGGCCGCGCCCGCCCGCCCGCCCGCGCGCCAUGGUGUCAUGGAUCAUCUCCAGGCUGGUGGUGCUUAUAUUUGGCACCCUUUACCCUGCGUAUUACUCUUACAAGGCUGUGAAGUCGAAGGACAUUAAAGAAUAUGUCAAAUGGAUGAUGUACUGGAUUAUAUUUGCACUUUUCACCACAGCAGAGACAUUCACAGACAUCUUCCUUUGCUGGUUUCCAUUCUAUUAUGAACUAAAAAUAGCGUUUGUAGCCUGGCUGCUAUCUCCCUACACAAAAGGCUCCAGCCUCCUGUACAGGAAGUUUGUACACCCCACGCUGUCUUCAAAAGAAAAGGAAAUCGAUGAUUGCUUGGUCCAAGCAAAAGACCGGAGUUAUGAUGCCCUUGUGCACUUCGGGAAGCGGGGCUUGAAUGUGGCGGCCACAGCGGCUGUGAUGGCUGCUUCCAAGGUGGCUCGCCUCUUUCAUUUUGCCUCCUCUUUGGACCUCAGAGAAGGGCAGGUAACCCCGCCGAGAGGCAUGACUAACUCCAAACUGAUCCAGAAUGGUGGAGAGGCCAGGCAGCCGCUUCUACCCUGCAGCCCCGGGGGUGGCUCGGAGGGACAGGGUGCCUUAUCAGAGAGACUCCGGAGCUUCAGCAUGCAGGACCUCACUACCAUCAGGGGAGACGGUGCCCCUGCUCCCACAGGUCCCCCUCCACCCGGGGCUGGGCGGGCCAGCGGCAAACACGGCCAGCCUAAGAUGUCCAGGAGUGCUUCUGAGAGCGCUGGCAGCUCAGUGUGCACCUGCUGCUCCACCUGCCGGACCCGAAAAGUGGUUGAGGGAGAUGUGAAUGAGGGUGGUGUGAAGGCCUGGGAGCCCCACCAGGUCCAAAACCCAUUGGCGUUUUCUGACGAGGAGGAGGAGGAAGACCUGCUGGAUUUCAUGUACAAGUAUAAGGCACCGAGAAGAACGGAGUUUCCCCUGGAGGCACCGCCUAGACUCCUUCGAUCUCGCUUCAAGAAGAAAAGUACCUCAUCCUCAGCCGCUGAAACCACGUGAGUGAGAAUGAGCCAACAGCACCGGAUCCACAGAAUGUUCCUCCUCUGCCUUAAAGAGCUAGUCACUAAUAACAAAAUCCGCAGGCUGGGUGUGCUUUGAGUGUGUGCAGCCUCACAGACAUGCCUUUUCUCGCUCCCCUCUUCCACCAUUAAGAAUUUGUUUGCCCCCUUCUCUUUAGUUUGCUGGGGAGAGGCUAAAGGGAAAGGUGGGGGUGGGGUGACCUUUGAGUCUUCUGAGGUUAGUGAUGUUCCAUAAUUGGAUCGUUAUUACAGACAGCAUUGUGUUUAGAAACGGAAGAGAAAUCACUCCUUUGCUGCUGACAUGUACAUUUGUAAUCUAUAUGUUGCAUACUUAGUUUUUAGUCCUGUAAAUGCAAACAUUUUUUUAAAAAACAUUUUUUGUUUUUGGUACUAAUCCUUUGGACUAUGGUGUACAUAUUUAUGGCUUUUGGCUUAAUAUAAUGAACUUGCAAGGGCUGCCAGAGGUUCUAAGUGAGAAAACUGCGAAAAAGAAUGUGUGUAUAAAAAUUUUUUUGACUCUAGACAAUGUCUCCAAUGUGCUUAUAAAGCUUCCAAAUCCAGCUCCAGUAAAGCAUCUGUUUUCCCGCAGGAAGAUGGUGUCUGCAUUUUUCUAAUGGUUGAGUAGUAGACAGGCUGGAGGAGUCAGGAGUAGAGAUAUUUAGCAUCAGGGGUGAGUGCUAGUGAGAGAUCAGGAAGACAUGCAAGCUCAUCUCCCCCUUGGGGUCAGGGUUAGGAGCCGAGCCUUGCCAAGGGCGUUAACUCUGCUUUGGGCAGGUGGCUCACUAUUGGCAAAACUUGGGAAUGGGGACUCAGGGCUGUUAGCAGAAUCUUGAGUAUUUCAAGUCUUGCCACAUGACUCUCCCUCAGCGUGAUCCGUGCUGCGGCUAAUUUCCUCAGGUAGAGAAGCCUGAAGUCUGAGCACCUUGUUUUAUAGAACACUAAGCAAAAAGAAACAAAACACGCCUACAAAAAGCUAGAACUAUGCUUUGUUCAGGUAUGUUCUGAAAGACAUGAGACACAUUUAGAACAACCCAAAGGGUGGGUUCUGACAGGUAUUAGAGGAUGAGACUUUUAGAGAUAACCAGCUGCUCAGCCCAAACCUUGUUCUCUCUCCAUAUGUGAAUGGGAUAGACGCAUGCUCACGGGCGCUUGGGUCGUUGAAUGUUUUCUAUCAGCCAGGAUUACUUAGCAGGGAAAGAAAGGGCUGAGGGGACCCCCUGCUAUUAAGGGUUUUAUUUAAGAACAGAAUCUGGUUUAGAUGGAUCUGUAGUUUGAGGUAGCUCCCCUCCCUCUGAGAGCUGAGCCAAAAGGUAGGACUAGUGUAUUGUGCUUAGAGUUGGUGUUUCCUUCCAGUGUACUGCAUGCAGUGGUCACUACCCAGUACUCAUAUUGGAUUGUGUUUGUUCGUAGAUAUGCCCCACCAACUGUAGAGAAGUAGUGUUAUAUACCACUUAGAACUCACCGUCCACUAAAAGCAGGCAGGCCCAAUUAAAAUUGUCCCAUUACAGAGCUGAGUGAACAUGCAUUGGUGGCCUUUGCUCAUGACACAUUAGCUAGAUCUCCGCCUUCUUACAAAGGGUUUUUAUUGAAGUUGAUAGUUGCCAGAUAAAGAUAGUGGAAUCCCUUCUUCCCACACUUCCUGUUAAAAUGAUUUUGUAAUUUACAAAAGGAUUUAGGAAAAGAGAUCUAAAAGCAAAUUGAGAGGGCAAAUAUAGACUAUCGGUUAUCUAUGCCCCAUGCCAAUACCUGAACCCGUUAGAGAGGACAGAAAUCCUAUUACUCUUCAAGCUCACUGAAUAGUUCCAGAAAAAGAAAAACAUGCUUCUUAAAAUGUAUUUACUAUUAGUUGAGCAUACCCAGAAACAAGUGCAAAAAAAGCUUAAGAGAAGCAGCUUUAUAGUAAACUUUUGUUUUGCCAAAAUAAUGAAUGCCUUUAAUAGCAGAGUUCAAAAUCCUGUAUUUUUACUUCACAAUGGAAAGUUGUAACAAGUCCAUGCGAAUCAAAUUUGCACUCAACUAUGCCAAAAGGAAAACACUCUAUUCUCAGACAUGCUGUAUUAAGAUUUAAAAACAUAAGGUAUAUUCAAACUGCUGUCUUAAUGUAAAUGUAACUUUUUCAUUCAAGUGUUGUCUAGGGGGUUGGUUUCUCUCCUGAAGACACUCACUGUACAACUGAAAGCAGCUGUCACAUUUCUGGCAAAAUGUGUUUACUUAUCCAACCAGCUGUAUAUUUGUAUAUGGAUAGACAUAAAAUGUGAAUGCCUAUCAGUGUACACAUAGUGGUGUGGUGUUCUGUCUAGAGGAUAUAACUGAAUUAUUUUACUUUGCUCACUUACAGAUACAGGCUGUUUACAAAAUGCUAGCUCGAAAGUCUGUAAUUUCCAUGUUUAGUCCCUUGCCACGGAGCACCUGUUCAUUUCUGACGAGGUGAGGCGUGGUCCUGGGCUGAUCACCUGGAGCGCUUAGUCAUGAUCCCUCCUGGCUCUGUGUGAAUAGCUUGCUUACUUGGCUGACCUGGGAAAUGUGUGUCCUUUGUGGUAACCGUCCAUGUGUUUGUGCUAAGAGUGCUUGUCAACCACGGCCGUCAUUGUUCACCUCGCACAGUAUUUGAAAUGGCAAAGGAUGGGUCUCCUCCUCUAACAGUGUACACUCUAGGAGCUGCUGUUCUUCUUGAUCAUGACUGUGCACAUUUCCUCUAGUUUAUUUCUGAAGUCUAUAGAAUGAUCUGUUAUCAAAUAGUAUACUGGACUGUGCAUCAAAGGGAUGUAAAACUACAGUAUUCCAAAGGCUGAAGUUCUGCUGUUUUGUUAUAAUGCCUGAUAUACAUCUUGAAUAAAGUCUUAACAUUUUUCUUUUAAAGAA